UUAAAAACAAUAAUCGACGUCAAAUUGAUGUCAGUUACACAUAAUGGCGGUGGUAGUGUUAUUUGUAUCAUUGGUUGUAUCCGGUAAUGUUUUUUAGAAUAUGUUUGAAUUCGGACCCCUGAUAUUUGUGUGUUACCUAUGAGACUGUAAUUACCGGGACCAUUUAUAAUAUUUUAUCUCAAUAUUCAUAAUGUGUUUUAUAUAUAAGUUUCGCUAUAACUGCCGUUAGUUAUUGAAUUAAAGUGUCUAGAGCGAGUGUUGCGAAGGGGCUUCUGAGUGAGGGUUGUGGCUCCCAACAGCCACGAUGGGGGCCCAGCAGGCAAAAGAACGCGGCUCUGCGAGCGGCGCCUCUAUUCGAUCAACGCGGAAUAAACCCCGUGUGCCAAAGGAUCCCCGUAUGCUUGGCUCAAAUAUAUUCACUGAACAUAGUGAAGCGUUGCUGCAAAGUCGGCCGCUUCCUCAUAUACCAGAUUUACCAGAUGGGGAGGCAGCCCCACCAGCAUUACCACAACCAUUGGACUCGGCGAACAGAUGGACUUCCAAAGAAAAUUUAUUGGCACAUCAAGAAGAAGAUGAUCCUCAGCUCUUCGUUGCGCUUUACGACUUCCAGGCUGGUGGAGAGAAUCAGCUGAGCCUGAAGAAAGGUAGGUUAUGUGAACAAGUGCGUAUAAUGAGCUACAACAAAAGUGGCGAGUGGUGUGAAGCGCACACUUUGGGCGGCGGUGUGGGCUGGGUGCCUAGUAACUACGUCACACCUGUCAACUCAUUGGAGAAGCACUCGUGGUACCACGGUCCAAUUGCUCGUAAUGCGGCUGAGUAUCUUCUUUCAUCGGGGAUCAACGGAAGCUUCCUUGUCCGUGAGUCUGAAUCGAGUCCCGGUCAAAGAAGUAUUUCUUUAAGAUACGAAGGACGAGUCUACCACUACCGUAUUAAUGAAGACUCCGAUGGAAAGGUGUAUGUGACGUCCGAAUCCAAAUUUGGGACACUAGCCGAACUAGUUCACCACCAUUCGGUUCUUGGCGAUGGUCUUAUCACCCAACUGCUCUACCCUGCGCCGAAGCGAAACAAACCAACUGUGUUUCCUCUGGCGCCACCUGACGAGUGGGAAAUUGAUCGCACCGAUAUUGUGAUGAAGCACAAGUUAGGCGGUGGCCAGUAUGGAGAUGUUUACGAAGCGGCGUGGAAGAGGUGUAAUAUGACCGUCGCAGUAAAAACCCUAAAGGACGAUACUAUGGCUCUAAAAGACUUUCUCGAGGAGGCAGCCAUUAUGAAAGAGAUGAGACACCCAAACUUAGUCCAACUUUUGGGAGUUUGCACACGUGAACCACCUUUCUACAUCAUCACAGAAUUCAUGAGUAGGGGAAAUCUUCUUGAUUAUCUUCGUACGGGAAACAGAGACCAUAUAGAUGCUGUGGUACUCAUGUACAUGGCCACGCAGAUCGCUUCGGGUAUGAGUUAUCUCGAGAGCCGAUCUUUCAUUCACAGAGACUUGGCGGCCCGCAACUGUCUCGUUGGUGAGAAUCACCUGGUGAAGGUGGCCGAUUUUGGUUUGGCGCGUCUCAUGCGUGACGAUACAUACACUGCCCACGCUGGUGCCAAAUUUCCUAUAAAAUGGACCGCUCCAGAGGGCCUGGCGUAUAACACGUUCAGUACCAAGUCUGAUGUUUGGGCCUUCGGUAUACUUCUAUGGGAGAUUGCUACCUACGGAAUGUCGCCGUACCCCGGUGUCGACUUGGCUGAUGUCUACCACAUGCUUGAGAAGGGCUACCGCAUGGAAUGCCCUCCCGGAUGCCCGGCGGCUGUUUACGAGCUGAUGCGUGGAUGCUGGCAGUGGAAUGCAUCCGAUCGCCCAUCAUUCCGCGAAAUCCACCACGCCUUGGAGCAUAUGUUCCAAGACAAUUCUAUUACUGAAGAAGUGGAAAAACAGCUUCAGGAGGGAUGUACAGGAACGCCUCAGAUGUCGUUGAAGAAGGCUGGUAGCAUCGGGGCGCAGACAUCAGGCGAUCGUGGCGUUCAAAUGCGUCGCCCGACUAACAGGCGAGGCAAGCAGGCACCGCAGCCACCCAAACGUACCAGUUUGUUGUCAUCAUGCAGCUCAUUUCGCGAGUCGCAGUAUGCAACCGAGGAGCAAACUCACGAUGAUGGGCUGGCUUCUCUCAAUGGUGGGGGUCGAGUUGGGGCUCGUGAGGCGUCAUCGGAGGGGUCUUUGGCAGAAGCAACUCCAGAUACUGAUGAGUCAGCGGGCGCUGUAGGCAUGAGUUUGGGCGCAGCAGAACAUCGCCACAGGCCGAAACGUCGCCACCACGGCCAUGGCGCUUCACACCAACAUCAGACAUCGCAUGACGUCCCUAAGCAGGGUGUACAAGUAGCAGCGCUUGAAGUUCAGAACGUGAAACGCGCAAUAAAUCGCUACGGGACACUUCCGAAAGGCGCUCGCAUCGGAGCCUAUUUGGAGUCGCUUCGUCAAAGUGGCGCCCCCUGCGCUCCGAGCUCGCCUCGCGAACCCCAACAAGAUGAAGCUAGAUCUCUAUCGCCUAAAACUGCCAGAUCUCAACCCCACAUGAUACGAUCAAAUUCUUCCGGGGGUGUAACUGCGCCUACGCCAGCUUCGCCCAGAGCGGCGCGUGCGGCUCCCCCUCUUAGAUCAUUCACCAACAGUCCUAUAAAACCCCGACCAAGGCUAGCUGAACUAGAGUUUCCCCCUCCUCCACCGGACCUUCCCCCUCCGCCCGAAGACACGCCGCAACCACCCCCACCGCCCCCACCCCCAGAUUGCUGCAACGCCGGCACCGACACGGCGGACAGACUAGAAACACCCACCGAAAUGGAAGAAAAACCAGCAAAACAAAUCAUGAAGGAAAUGCUGGAACUGAAGCUCGUCGCGGAAAUCAAAGAACGCGCCGACAAGAAGAAACAGAAACUCAAAGAGUCACCCCCUCAUGAAAUCCUCGAGAUGCACACAUCGUUCGGUGACCCCGUCACGAGAUUAGUUUCCGAGUUGUCGGAGAGCUUAAACAUGGAAGCCCUGCGAAAGGGUGACAAGAAGGAGUCCAAACCCGAGACGAAAGAAAAGGUCUCCCCAAUUGAUCUCAAAGCGAGUCUCAGGAAGACAUCGUACAAUAAUAAUAUGGACAAAAAGCCUGGUCUCGACACUAAGACCAACACAGACUUCAAGUCGCAACUAAAAAAGGUUGAGACCAACAGAGUAAACAAUACAAAGGAAUCUGACGAAUCGGGCAGAUCCAUAAUCGAUUUUAAAUCACGAUUGCGGAAAGUAGACAGCAAUUCGCCUUCUACUAACGGCCAAGUGAAGAAAGUUGAGAAUUCUCCAGAGGAUUCUAGAAAAGAUCUUUCUAGUAAAAGUUAUGAUUCCGAUAAGAAGAGGUCCGAGAGUGGAUCUUUAGAUACGAGUGGUGGUGAUGAAGAUGAUAAACGCCGUAGCACGGGUAGCAUAAGUAGCCUGAAGAAGCUAUGGGAGAGUAAGGAGAGUGAUGAACGCCUGAGUCCUAAAAUGAAGCCAAAAGAUGAGAUUGAUGAUGGAUCUCCUGAUGAUAGGUCAGGGCUAGGCCGUUGUGGCAGUUUGCAAACUCGGCGUGAUGAUAAGCCAGCAGUGGCCUGUAAGCCGUCCAUACGUGGACGGCCUUUGGGAAAAGGUGGUAUUUAUGCCACCCCUUUGGCUACAAAUCCAGAUAGUGAGGACAACGACGCUCUUGGUGCGUUAAGAAUGUCUUUGGAAUGCUGCACGAAUGAGGUCCGUCGUGGCUGUGGCGGAAGUGGUGGUCGCGGGUCAUUGUGGCGUCUUCAAACCUCCGAGCGACUCGCACGCCUAAGCAGUGCUUGUAUGUCUGCAGCUUCUACUGGCAGGUGCGCACCACAAAUGCGAGUGCAGCUAAGAGCUGCCGCUACGCGAUUGGAAUGUGAGGCUAGAGCCCUGGCUUCGCCGGCGCCUCAUCAUCAUCACCUGGCUGAUGGAGUGGAACAAGCACUCAGGGAUCUCGCUAAUAUUGUGAAUAGAUAAAUUCGCUUCUUUCGACUGCCACUUGAUUACAUCACAUCAAGCAACACUUGCUAUACUAUUCUUUAUAUUUUGUAUUAUUAACAUAUGCGUUCAAUUUUUUUGCUUAAUAUUGUAUUAAUAUUUUAAAAGAUAAUAUUAAGACUUAAGAAAUUUAUCGCUUAAGCUAGCUGUAUGCAGUUCUGAAAUACCUUAUCUUUAAAAUAUGUAAUGAAACAUUCGUGUUCAGUACUCGAAGAACACACAUUUCUGUGUCUGUUCAAGGGCAGUUAAUAUGUGUUUACCAAAUAGUUAUUUUUUUAUUAAAAAAAACUUAAAUUUGACAAAUGCUAUAUCCUAUAUUGCUUGUCAAUAUCUUAAAAAAACAUAAUAUGCGGAAAUUUUUAAUGACUGAAUCGCAAAAUCUUAACAUAAAAAAAUUAUUGUCACAAACCAAAUCAAUAUAAUUCAGAAUUAAUGAAUAAAUAAAUCUUGCUAAUAUUAUUGUAUAGCUGGAUAACACAAUUUAACUAUAUUACAGCAUAGUAUUACAUUUCAGUCAAGGCACUAUAGUAAUGGCGACGCAUUGUGUACUGAGCCUUCGGGUCACAAAUCAUAUUUAUCUGUCCCGCUCGCACUUACAGUUUUUAUUGUGAGGUGUAGUGAUGUGCUUUAGAAUUGUAGAGGUGCAUAUCGAUAACGGGAUAGAUACGAUCGAUCUAAAUUAUGGUAAUUAUGAAAUUAAGACGUAAUCAUAGAGAAACUGUAUAGAUCGUAAUGAGGCCCUGAAAAUUGACGUUUUUUACUUUUCUAGGGAUAUCUCUUAGUUCUUCAAAAAUCCUCAUCCGUGUCUUCGCCAUCUGUGUCAUCUUCCUAACUGGAACUAGCUAAGUAUCGGUUGCAUUGCGUGCACAUUCCUACUGUCAGCGACAUUUAUUGACCGUCGACUCAGUUUAAAAUGCGUCGAGUAUAACUAUAAAAAAUGGAUAACAACCAAAGACAUCCGUUUCAUAUUAAUUACCAGCAAAUACUCUUUAGUUUUAGUGUAUUUUAGUACAAAGGUUAUGAUUUACAAAAUUAAAGAUUAGUACAAGAUGAAUGUAAUUUAACAAUUUAGAAUUUGCGAACAUAUUCCUUUGUAAAGACUGAAGUGAAUAAUUUUGUAGUUGCAAACGAAUUAUAUGAAGGGCGCUAAAUUUAAUUUUUAAGUGUUUAUUGAUGUAAAGCUGAAGGAUUUUCGAUUGAGAACAAAAUAUUCAUUGAAUUUUGUCGCGACAAUAACGCCAUAUAAGUUCUCACGAAUUUAAUCAGAAACAAUUUUUUUAGUAAUUCAAUGUAAGGGAAAAAUUCCGAAGGCUUUACAGAUAUGAAAAUGCGCCAACGUUGUAGAUACUGCUAUAUAUUUAGGAGUCAUACGUAAAUGUGAUAAAAUAUCGAGAAUGUAUUACUUUGGGGUUUUUAAUGGCGGUUUUUUUUGCGUUCAUCCAGUGGCUCCUAAAUAUACUAGCAGCUAGUAACGCCCUUGUCUGCAUAAUAGACUCAUAAUAUGGGGGGGUCAAAGUCAAUAAGUUGAUGCAGUGUGUUUAUUUUUCUGUGCCAAAAAUUGGGAGUGUUGAGGAGUCGCAAAUACUCUUUAAGUAUGUAAGUAAGAAACAAGACCUUGAAAGUCUAAAACUCACAGACAAUUGCGAACUGUCGUCUGCCAAGUAUACUGCCAGAUUGAGUUCGUACUCACUUGUCUAUGAGUCUUGGCCUAAGCUCACAUUAUCUGACGCAAAAGAUCGGUAGAAUAAUUUAAAUCACAGGUUGCUUACAAUUGUACUAGCGCAUCACGUCGCGCAAGCGUCAAGAUGGCGUCCGAUAUGAUGAGCUUUACAGUUCAAUUUAUAAUAAUAAGUGAGAAUGACCUAAAUUUUGUACCUUCGAGGUCGUUUCAUUCCAUAGUAAGUAGGUUUAGUGAUUGCAUUUAGCCUCACCGAAUGUUGUAUGGGAUAUUAUAUUAACAUUUUCAACAAUAUUUCGGCUCUUUCGCGGUUCUUACACAGCUCAUAUAACUUAUUUCAAAGAACUUUAGCUACCAGAAUGCCAGUUGUUGUAAACAAUUUAAUUUUGUAGCAUUUACAACGAAAACAUAAUUCACUAGUACUAUUUUUUUAAACAAAUUAGCUUUUUUAGUAUCAAAUUCUUUAAUUCCAAUGUCAACAUUAAAAUAACAGAAUUUUUCACAAAUAAUGAGCUGUGAUAUGAAAGAAGCAUCUUCCGACUCUUGCAAACAUUCCUGUCGCUUUCCCAUCUAUUGCCUCCUACCGCUCUAGCAUUUUUGUAUAUUAAGUAUUUUCGGACCAACAGUCAUGAUUAUUUUCAAAUCGGUCCCUCGUGAACCGUUGGUUGGCCUAUUUUCGUCAAUUUUAUAAUUUUUUUUGGACCCCGGGUUAAGCUAAUAUAAGAUUUCUAUUUAAGUUAGCGUGCUGUGAUACGGCUUCUUAAUCGGAAUAUGCUCAACAGGUGUUUAUUUUUUCUUUUUUUUUCAUUAUAUUUAUCGAAAUUAUUUAAGAUAUCUUAGGUGAAAUACUAUAUAUAGGUAACCAUUUAUAUAAAACGUUAUUUAACAGGAUAUGCUAGUCUUUAUUAUUACAAAUUGUAAGGAUACGUAAGUAUUAUUUGCGUACAUCACUAUUAUCAGUCAUCGUAAGGUUUUGUAUUUCCCAAAUAAAAUAUUAAGUACUCCUAUCCCCUUCAUAAAAACUAAAUCAGUGUACUCUUAAGACUACCUUUGUCUCUUUCUUUCUAAUUGUGUUUACGCUGCAUUGAAAAGAGAGGUGUUUUAGUUCAAACGCUUGUUGCACCGUUUAGUUUUUAUAGGGUGUAAGAUUGUAGAUAACGCUUAACCGUAUAUGCCGUUCGGCCUUAGAGACUAUUUACUGGAACAUUUGCGUGUAAUAUUAUUAUAUGGAGCACUCUGAAUCAGUUCAAUGGGAUUGGACCGAAGGUGAGCUCAAUAUACGAAUUUAUGAGGGAGGUGUGCGAUGUGAAAACGUCUUUUGAAUUUAUAGAUUCCCGUUAUGACCCGUGAAACAUACCGCCUUAUUAUUGUCUAUUUGACAAUUGAAAACAGUGAAAUAAGUUACGAUUAAGGUAUUGGUCAUACCUUGGAAUACUCAGCUCAGAAUAGGAGAUAAAUUUAAAUAAGUGGACAAAAUUACUAAUACUGUACAGGUUUAAAAGACGUUUUACGUUACGUUAGUAAAGCAAAAACGGGGGGGGGGGGGGGGUUGUAUGAAUAUUAAUUGGACUGCGUUCAGAGAUAUGCGCCAUUAUUACUCUACUUCAAUGUCUAUUUAAUUAUAAUAACGUAUAUUUUCUAUAGAAGUUGUAAUAUCCUGUAUUUUCUAAAAUUAUAUUAAGUUAUUUACCAGUGAUCAAAUAUCGUAACUUGUGUGUUAUAUUGAUGGAAUUAUGUAUAUUUAUUUGAAUUAAAAAUAUUUUUCUUUUUCUUUAUAUGCAUUUAUUUUACAAACAUCAUUAAUGAGUUGGAAUCUUUUAUGAAACAUAACGUCCUUUAAAAGAAAAGCUUUUUAAAGAGAAGCAAAGGGUUGUUUUUAACACCUCAAUAUAACACAUAGAUUAAUGGCUUUAUUAUAAAACGCGGUAUGUAUAGUCUACGUUUUGUAAUAAGGCUGUAUGAUUUUACCACAUUGUAUAUAGUAGUUCCAGCUUUGUACACUUAGGAGUUAUAGCUACAUUAACGAUUCGUUACUCAUCAAACAAAUUGUUUUAACUAUCCGUUAAUGUAUGGUCUUAGUAUGGUUGGUACUUGAGUGAUUUUUUAUUGAUUAUAAUUUUAUGCAAUAAUCUUUUAUACGCGGUAUUGAUAACAUGUCAGAUAGAUGUUUAAGCAUGACGAUAUUUCGGGUCCCAGUAAACUUUUCUUAUGGCGCUUUGUCGUAUAUGGCGUUUUUUUUACAAUAAAAAUAGUUUUCUUCAAAUUUUCAAACAUUUAGAAGCAAAAUCCCUGAUAUGGUAUUCAUAUGCCAUUUUAUUUCGAUUUGUAUUAAUAUAUUUUUUUUCAUUUGCAGCAAGUCCUUACCAUACUAUGCUACUAAUUUGUAUUAAUGCUCUGGAGUUUUACCAUGAACUCAUUUACAGGUAUAAAUUCUCAUAAUUACGACUAUAUAUAAGUACCGUUGACACAAAAUGAUACCUGCUUUCAAGCUCAUGGUGACCCUGCAGAACAUUGAUUCCACUUACAGGUGUAUCCAUUCGAUCUCUACUUCUCUGUAUCAUUAUAGCUAAUAGAAUCCAAAGAUAGUAAUUGAUUACAUGCGAAAGGUUGAAAUUGUAAUGUCAAAUAAAGUUUUUCUUUAA